UGAAUUCUGCAUCUUCAAGAAAAUGUCUGCUGAACGGGAGUCUUCUACAACCCAGGAACCAUGGACUGGAGGAUAUAACAUUGAGUCAGUCCUCUCCUCAGUCAGCGCACCUUCUCUGGACUCUGAUGAGGACUCCAUGACUGACAGCGAGUGCGGAGAUGUGCAGAUCUUCCAGAGAGCGGACAACCUCCUGUCUGAUCUGUCCAUGGAACUAUUAUAUGAAGAAGAUGCUAACGUUAAGGGGAUUGCAGAUGAUGAUCACAUUAUACCAAAUUGCGAAGGUAGUUCCGCUAAACUGCAUGCAACAGCUGAAACAAAACCAACGUCAGAUCAGAGCAUCUUGUCACCAGAUAAAGCUGGGCAUGGUGCGUUUAACAACCUUUAUGAAGGAAAGAUGGACAGAGAAGAAAAAGACCAACAGAGAACACCAAAGAGUGGCUGGUCAAAGCAGGAGGAUAUAUCGACGACGCAUCGUGACUCCCUAUUGCUGCCCCUGAAGCUGACUGAACAGUGGGACCUGAAUCUGAUCCUUCAGCAACUGACAGAAGAAGGAACCAUGCUAGAUUCAGCCCCAGAAGACAGUGUGGAAGACUUAGCCCCCUCUCUGCUGCCAUUUGAAAGCAGUAUAAACAAACGGCAGGAUCGGAUAAUGGAGCAGCUGUUGGAAUUAAGUGUCAGACAAUUACAGGCUCGGUCUCCUGCCCAGCAGAGUUCUCAUGAGAAGGAGGCUGCUAGCAUUCGGCCUUCUGACAGACUAUCUCUUCCCAAGAGGGUAACACGUGUAUGGCAUUCUGAACAUACCUCUACAGUCUGCAUAGAUCUGAGAGACACUUUGCCUAAUGCACUUGUUAAGACGGGUACAGAGACUAAACCCGAAGGGCAAAAAAAUGAGCUGAAAAGAAAAAAAAUUCCGCUAAAUGAGUCAGAGCAUACAUGUAAAAGCAUGUUACUGCGCCAGCUUCGCUCCACUAAGAGAGAGUCUAGUUCUGACACUUAUGACAACAGGCUCCAACAAGCAAAUGCUAACGGACACGAACAUGAGGAUAAGAUACCUACCUCUCGAAGACGAAGGUUGGAGAAGGGGAGUGACAUUGGUCAAUCUACACCACAAUCGCAGGAAAAAGGGUGCAGUGUUACAGAACAAGACAUGAAAGAAGAGCCCCAAAAAAGCAACCUGGAUCCACCUGAAAUAAUACAGAUACAAACCACCCCCGCGGAGAUGAUGGACAGGGAGAAGCUGGAGAAAGAAAGGAAAAGCAGGCAGCGCAUGCAGACACAGCUGGAGGGCAUGAAACCGCUGCACUCUGUGAGCGGACGGCAGCCUAUGGCUCAGCAAACUCCCGUUCUCUUUCAUCUGGAGGCAUCAUACAACCCAGAAAUGGACACGUUACCUGUGUGUAGCAGGGAGGAGAUGUUACUCCUCACUAUACGGCUGUCUAGUUGCGGUCAAACAGUCACACCAGCCCAACACAGCGGGCGAUUUCCAGCCUCUUCUCUCUCACAGGCAAACAUCUACCACGCUUUGCUCGUCUGGCUCAUCACGUUGGUGUCCCCUUUAAAUCUUCAAGACGAGGCAGAGGUCCCUUUCCAGGUGUUGGGGCUUCAACAAGUGUGGCGCGAGGAAGGACUGGCACUUUACGCUUGUGUGUCACCCAGGCAUGUAGGCGCCCACCCAAGUCCCAAAAUACGAAAACACAAGGGCAAGGAACGACUGCGAGGAACCUCCAAUUUCUACCAGCAGAUUUCGCUGUACCUGUCGCACACCACCCUGCAGAGCGUCACUUGUUGGAGAGAGGAACUUAGUCAUCAGCUGCAGGGUCAGCUCUUCACAUUGAACGUUGAUGUUCCAGCUGUGAGACUGAGUAGCAUCGCAGUACUCAAUCCUGACCCAGAGGCGGUGUAUAAAGUGUUCUCCUCAUCCUCUGGAUUCUUCUGGCAGACACUGGAGACUGAAGAGAAGCUGUGUCCUCUUUCUCUGAACAUCCCAACGGACAUGGACACAGAGGUGGUGCCGGUCGUAUUGUUUGACACUCUACUGCGUUGCCCCGUUGCAUUUCACCACACCCUCCACCUUCUCCUCACAGCGGGGCUGGAAGUGUGUGGUCUAAGACUGCUCUACCCACAACCCUCUACUCUCCAGUCUGGCUUUGGUAAAGGCCUGAAUUCUAAUGCCAUUGGAGACGCGCAAUACCCUCCUUUCUUGGCUUUGGCUCUGCGUGGGCCUCAUGCACUGGAACUAUGGGGGAACAUAUCGGGCCCUUGUGAUCCCAUGCUCGCCCGACUGACAGACCAGAAUUCGCUGAGUGCAGUCUAUGGUCAGACAAAAGAGAAGCCUCUGCUGCAUUAUUCCCGCACCUCGGGAUGUAUUCUGAGAGACCUGAGCCUUUGGUUUGGGGGGAGAGUACUAUGUAAUGACAGUAUGAAGAUUGGCAUUCAGAACCCACCUAGAGGGAGAUCUCUGAGCCCCACAGAAAAAGACUGCAUUUCCCAGGAAUCCCAUUUGUGCCGUCCUGCUGCUUUAUUGACAGCCACAACUCAGGGAGAUAUACUUCUUGCAGUCUCCCCUGCCAUACCUCCAUAUGCUUACGGAGAUAUAAUUCACACAUGCUGCCAGCGAGGAUUCAGUAUUCAUGGUCUCCGGAACCUUCGUUUCUCUUCUAAGCGUGCGGCCAUGAUGAACAUGUCUUCAAGUCAGGUGUCGAUCUUCUGCCCUGAUAAACCUUCACCCCAACUAGAGGGAGAACCUUAUACCGCCGUCCCAGAACCACGUCUUCACUGCUUGCUCCUCCUCCUUAGACGGGAGAAUGCCGGACAUCACAUACCAGCCCUUGUUCAAGGAUUAAUGAAUGAUCUGGCUGAGCAGGGUCUUCUGGGGGUAAUCCGGUGCAGGCUAUCUUGUCCUGGCGAUCUGCAUCCAAUGCUGUGUUUCCAUGCAGCACCCUAUUCAGAUGCUUUGUUACAGGCACUCGGUGCAAGCUUACAUGCUGUGCCAGACCCAAGCAGUGCAAUCUUGGACAUGCAGUCUAGGCGACCUUUUCCCUUUGACCCCGAAGUUGAAGAAGUUGUGAUCCUGACUAUGAGCGGUGGACAGACCCUGAAGAGAGCAGGCCACUUCCUGCGGCAGAUUCUUCGACUCCGAGACAAAAAACAAGAGGCUGUCUCAGGUUGUGGCUUUGAAGGAUUUGAAGUUUUAGGUCUGAAGUGGCUGCCACGUCUAAGCCGGCUUCAGGCCAAAGAGGUUACCCCGUACGAGGUGGGAGAUCGGCAAUGGCAGAGCGAUAUUGAGCAGCUGACCUCCAACCCGGCUUUGGUGUGUGCCCUACGCCGAAUUCAUGCCUUCACCUCCUUGGCACAGGUUAUUAAACAAGUCGUGCCGGUCAAAGGGAAGAUGCAGUCGCGGCUCAUCAUGUCCGCCGCCCCGGAGAUUGCUUACCGGCAAGCUGUCCUGAUUUUUACAGACAGGGACUUGGUUUCUGAUGCCCAAAGUCGCCCGCUUCUGAAAUACACCGUGCCGCCUGGAAUAUUCAACAAGGCAAGAGGUGCAGAGGAUUGGAGAGGACAGACCGAGUCCAUAUUUACUUACAUGCUGUCAGGUCCUCCUUUACUCUAUACAGUCCUCAUUCUGAAGCCUGGCUCCUGGAGCAGCAACUUGGGGAAAAUACUACGUAAAGUCAACACGCAGAAGUUUGUCCCGGUUGGGUUAAAGCUGGUUAAACUGGCCAGAGAAGAGUCAUUGCACAUCAUUCCUGAAGAAGCCAAACAGGAUGAAGCUUCAUGCCAGGCGCACUGUGACUACCUGACCUCGGCCCCCUGCCUGGUCCUCUGCCUGCAGAGAAUCAAUGCAGUUCUCAAACUCCUGGAGCUUCUGGGUCCCGAAGAUCCACGUGUGUGUAAGGAUAAGGACCAAUUCCUGUGGAGAGCCCAGUAUGGCGCCAGUGUUGUGCACAAUGGGAUGUAUGGUUCUACUUCUUAUCAGGCGGCCGUCCAAGACAUUAAAUGUUUCUUCCCUGAGGGCCUCAUCUGUGAUCACCAGUCUCUUGUUCUGGAGAAGGAAAAGAUCUCCAGACUGACACGUGAUGUCUUGCUGGACACUAGCGCACAACGGCGGACACUGAAGAGCCAAGCAUUCCAACCUGGACCAUUACAACAUAAAGGUUUUCUGUUCGCCAGUGCCUUGUGUCAGACGACGUGCCUGCUUUUCCCUGCCGGGGCUCUGCAGGGGACUUCACCAGCAUUUAUUCAGGGGCUGGAGAAGCUGGCUGAGAAGGAGUUCCGGGUCACAGGGGUGCGGCUUACUGUGUUGGACCAAUCACAGGCUCAGAUUGUGGCGGAAUUAUACAGAACAAAGGAUAGAUUGUCAUCAGAGUGUAACGCUGUGAUGGAGGGUCCCUGCCUGCUGAUGGAGGGUCCCUGCCUGCUGAUGGAGGGUCCCUGCCUGCUGAUGGAGGGUCCCUGCCUGCUUCUAGCCGCUCACAGGGACAAUGCAGUGACUUGCUUCCACUCACUAAUGGGCAGUAUUAACUUACAAAAUGGACAGAACUUCACACAAUCGUUGCUGAGUCCCCAGAGCCAGCCACAGGCCAACAAGAUUCUCAGCUGCGUUUUUGAUUCACUGACCCCUGACAGCAUCCACCAAAUUGUGCCUCGGGCCUUGUGAGGAACGGCGCUCUACACAGCGCUCAUCAGCUCUCCAAUGACAGCUCAAAGUCACUCUGACAUUCCUCCGAUCAGAAAGUGGAUCUACUGCCAGCUCAUCGAGAACAUAACAGCCAUAAAUCUAUAUGACAAAUGAACAUUUGGAAUUUGGAAAACUACAUUCUGAUGAGGUUUUUGUACUCACCAAGCUGUGCCUCUUGAGUUGCAAAUGCCAAAUAUAUAAACUCCUCAAAACACAUCCUUGUUAGCUAAAGAAACCUAAUUAAGACCUGCUUCACAAAAAACAGACUUGUAGCUCCCAACUGUCCCUGAUUUACAGGGACUGCCCCUGAUUUGGAAUAAAGUCCCUCUGUCCCCCUUUC